UCUUCCUCCAGAACACACAAUUUUCUGAAGUGAACAAAAAACACAUCGUUACAAAGCCCAGGCAAUUCUAGAGAAAGAGAGAGAGAGAAACCCAGAAAAAGGAUAUUGGUCAGAUCUCCAAUGGCGCUGUCUAUCACUUCUGCCCCUUCUAUUUCCGCCUCAAUUUCCUCGCGCUUCGAUUCUUCCCGGGACCAAACCAAAGGUUCAACGUUCGUUUCUUAUCAGCCGUCGGACUGGUCUCAUUGUCAAUCGGCGGCCGUGAGUUAUUCGCGGAGACGGACUGCGGUGAAGGCACUGAACGCGGAACCCAAACGCUCCGACUCGGUUGUUCCUCUCGCUGCAAAAACCAUCGCCGCUCCUGAGGUGUCCGAGAAAGUAGAGGGUUCCGAGGACUUUGAGCAACUGGCUAAGGAGCUUGAAAAUGCUUCGCCUCUUGAAAUUAUGGAUAAAGCCCUUGAGAAAUUUGGGAAUGACAUUGCAAUUGCUUUCAGUGGUGCUGAAGAUGUCGCUUUGAUCGAGUACGCACGCUUAACUGGUCGACCGUUUAGGGUAUUCAGCCUAGACACGGGGAGACUAAACCCAGAGACUUACAAAUUCUUUGACACAGUUGAGAAGCAGUAUGGCAUCCACAUUGAGUACAUGUUUCCGGAUGCUGUUGAAGUCCAGGCUUUAGUUAGGAGCAAGGGGUUGUUCUCUUUCUAUGAGGAUGGGCACCAGGAGUGCUGCCGGGUUAGGAAAGUUAGACCCCUUAGGAGGGCUCUAAAGGGAUUACGCGCCUGGAUCACCGGACAAAGGAAAGACCAAUCCCCUGGCACUAGAGCUGAAAUCCCGGUAGUCCAAGUGGACCCCGUUUUUGAAGGAAUGGAUGGUGGGGUCGGUAGCUUGGUGAAGUGGAACCCUGUGGCAAAUGUAGAGGGCCAUGACAUUUGGAACUUCCUUAGAGCGAUGAAUGUACCUGUUAAUUCAUUGCACUCACAAGGUUAUAUAUCGAUUGGGUGCGAGCCUUGCACUAGGCCGGUACUACCUGGGCAGCAUGAGAGAGAGGGAAGGUGGUGGUGGGAGGAUGCCAAGGCUAAGGAAUGCGGCCUCCAUAAAGGGAAUAUCAAGGAGGGAAAUGCAGGACAUGUCAAUGGGAUUGGAAAUGGGGCUGCCCAUGGAAAUGGAACCACAAUGAUUCCCGAUAUAUUCGAAGCACAAAGUAUCGUGAAUCUUAGCAGGGCUGGGGUAGAGAACUUGCUUAAACUUGAGGAUCGGAGGGAGCCUUGGCUUGUUGUGCUUUAUGCACCUUGGUGCCCCUUUUGCCAGGCGAUGGAAGGAUCCUAUGUUGAAUUGGCAGAGAAGUUGGCGGGGACUGGUGUGAAGGUGGGAAAGUUCAAUGCAGAUGGUGAUCAGAAGUCAUUUGCUCAGAAUGAAUUGCAGCUAGGAAGCUUCCCUACAAUACUCCUAUUCCCCAAACACUCUUCUCGGCCCAUUAAGUACCCCUCGGAGAAGAGGGAUGUCGAUUCCUUGAUGGCUUUCGUGAAUGCUCUCCGAUGAGAAUAAACUAGGUAUCGUUAAUGCAAGAAUCUUCCUCUCAAUAGAGGAUGAAAAGCAGAAAUGGACUCAGGAAUGCAAAUCGUCAACAAAACGCACAGGGAAAGACUGUAGUGCUCAUGGGAAUUUCACUUGAGCGCAUUAAUGUCGCAAUGUGCAUGAUGUUCGUUUCUUGUAUGGCACUUAUGUAUAGUGUUCUCUCUUUCUUGUUUUGGUAGAGUUUCCUUUGUGGGAAGAUUUUGCCCCACUGUAGUUUUGGUUAUAAAUAGUCCCGAUUGAAGAUAGUGGGAGAGUAAAUCUGUUAUGUUCCAUGUCCCUAUGAAAUACAAUUCCAGAGGUUUGGUGGUGAUUUUGCCA